GCGUAGUUGUCAAAGCGUCGAAUAAGCGUACAAAUUACUCUGUUGCAGUGCCAGUCAGAUUUAUAGGAUUUAGACAGAAAUUACAGGAAUACAUUACUGAAGAUAUUAUAAAUUUGCAUACGGAAACCAAUUCUGACUAAAUCGCGUAAAUCUGACUGAUACCGUGUUUUAGAUAUCCACCGUUUUUAAGUAAAAGUAAAUAAAUACCAUAUCCACGUUAUAAUGGCGAGUCCACCAUUGCUCUUGAGUUUGACUGACGAUUUAAGCCGCCUGACACCUUUCUACGAUCCGGUGGUCUCCACCGACUGGCCUGCUAUCGUCACUUCGCCCACUGGCCAAUUCAGGAAAUUUGAAGGAGAUCUGCCUGUUACCUCGGUUGGGAAAGAUGGUUUUCAAGCUAGUAUGGAUGUACAGCAGUUUAAGCCCGACGAACUGAACGUUAAAGUAGUUGACGACCACAUCGUGGUGGAGGGUAAACACGAGGAGCGAGCAGAUGACCAUGGUUAUAUUGCACGUCAUUUCAUUCGUCGCUUUGAAGUGCCCAAAGGCUUCGAUGCCGCUAAAAUGGUUUCCACACUGUCAUCGGAUGGCGUCCUAACAGUCAGCGUACCAAACCCCGCCAUAGAGGACAACUCCAACGAACGGGUCAUCCAAAUUAAACAGACUUUACCAGCGCUUUUGGACGUAAAGGAUCCUAAAGAUAAUCCAGAGGAGAACCCAAAAAAAUAAAACGCCAAGUGAUAAAUGUUGAAUAAUUGUGCUGGAUGCUAUGUACAUACAUGUGUAUCUGUAUGCAGUGUUGGAAAUAAUUUGGCAAUCACGGACUACAUUGUCGUUCUAAAUCGAUCUACCCGAAAUUCGCUAUUAGCGUGCAAACAAUGGACGUGGCUUCGGAAAAGACUAAUCUCGUACAGUUUGAUUAACACCAAUCUAUCGAAAUUACGCGCAAACGUAUGGAUGUGUAUGUAAAUCUGGACAGAAAAGUAUACCAGUCCGAUUUUUAUUUCGGCUGACUUCCAAAAUGUGCCAAUUCAAUAGGGCUGUUCAGGAUGUUGUGGAAAUAAGUCUUGGAUUUUCAGUUGGAAUUGCAUUUGGAAAUUUUAUGAUUGCUGUCAUGGCAACCGUGUGCGCGUUGUUGUUGUGAAUUUACAAAUGCACCGAAUAUGCAAAUGCAAGAGCAUACGCACAGCCCUAAUGUUUGGUUACUGUUCUACUGCGGUAUUUAAACUGUUUGUAUAUGCAGAGUUGAGAAACAUG